GGGGGGGACUGAGUAUCGCUAAUAACAAGUUAAAGACUAAUAACAAUAAUAACAGAUCACCUCCGGGAAGGUCUGCGGCGGAGACUGAGAGAUCCCCGCGGAAGCCAGCGGGGUUGCAGCGCUGGGUAUCUUGGAGAGACGCUCCGAGGCAUCAGUUUGUGGUGCGGCGGCAGCAGCAAUAUGGCUGGUGAUGGGUUUUUUGGGGGGCGCUGGCGGCGGGAGGAGCUCUCGGAAGCCCCUGCGCGCCCGGCUCGCUGUUAGCUAUGGCAAAUGGCAGCGGCGGCGGCUCCUACCCGGGCGGCAGCGGCGGCGGCGGCGGCGGCAUUAGAAUGAGUAACAAUAUCAACGCCAACAAUCUCAACACAGACUCGUCCUCCUCCCCCGUCAAUGUGCCCAAGAUGGAUGCGCUCAUCAUCCCGGUGACCAUGGAGGUGCCCUGCGAUAGCCGCGGACAGCGCAUGUGGUGGGCUUUCCUCGCCUCGUCCAUGGUCACUUUCUUUGGGGGACUGUUUAUCAUCCUGCUGUGGAGGACCCUCAAAUACCUGUGGACUGUCUGCUGCCACUGCGGGGUCAAAACCAAGGAGGCCCAGAAGAUCAAUGGUGGUGGAGAUACGCAGGCAGAUGGGGCCUGCAAACCAACAGAUGAAAAAGAGGAGAAUGUGGCAGCAGAAGUGGGAUGGAUGACCUCCGUGAAGGAUUGGGCAGGAGUCAUGAUAUCUGCCCAGACAUUAACUGGCAGAGUACUUGUUGUCUUAGUCUUCGCUCUUAGUAUUGGUGCUCUUGUAAUAUACUUCAUAGAUUCAUCAAAUCCAAUAGAAUCCUGCCAGAAUUUCUACAAAGAUUUCACAUUACAGAUUGACAUGGCUUUCAAUGUGUUCUUCCUACUCUACUUCGGCUUGCGUUUCAUAGCAGCCAAUGACAAGCUAUGGUUUUGGCUAGAAGUUAACUCAGUAGUAGAUUUCUUCACAGUCCCUCCAGUGUUUGUGUCAGUAUAUUUAAACAGAAGUUGGCUUGGUUUAAGAUUUUUAAGAGCCCUUAGACUGAUACAGUUUUCAGAAAUUUUGCAGUUUCUGAAUAUCCUUAAAACAAGUAAUUCCAUCAAGCUAGUGAAUCUGUGCUCUAUAUUUAUCAGUACGUGGCUGACAGCAGCUGGGUUCAUACAUUUGGUGGAGAACUCAGGGGAUCCAUGGGAAAAUUUCCAAAAUAAUCAACCACUAACAUAUUGGGAAUGUGUUUAUUUAUUGAUGGUUACAAUGUCCACUGUUGGCUAUGGAGAUGUUUAUGCAAAAACAACCCUUGGUCGCCUUUUCAUGGUCUUCUUCAUCCUUGGGGGAUUGGCCAUGUUUGCCAGCUACGUCCCUGAAAUCAUAGAGUUAAUAGGAAACCGCAAGAAAUAUGGUGGUUCCUAUAGUGCGGUUAGUGGAAGAAAGCACAUAGUUGUCUGUGGUCACAUAACACUCGAAAGCGUGUCCAACUUCCUGAAGGACUUCCUGCACAAGGAUAGGGAUGAUGUCAACGUAGAAAUCGUCUUUCUGCAUAAUAUCUCCCCUAACCUUGAGCUGGAAGCUCUUUUUAAACGACACUUCACUCAGGUGGAAUUUUAUCAGGGUUCAGUCCUUAAUCCCCAUGACCUGGCAAGAGUGAAGAUAGAGUCAGCAGAUGCGUGCCUAAUCCUUGCUAAUAAAUACUGCGCUGACCCAGAUGCUGAAGAUGCCUCCAAUAUUAUGAGAGUUAUUUCAAUAAAGAAUUACCAUCCGAAGAUAAGAAUUAUCACUCAGAUGUUGCAGUAUCACAAUAAGGCCCAUCUGCUAAAUAUCCCAAGCUGGAACUGGAAAGAAGGGGACGAUGCAAUCUGUCUUGCUGAGCUUAAGCUGGGUUUCAUAGCCCAGAGCUGCCUGGCACCAGGCCUUUCAACAAUGCUCGCCAACCUCUUCUCUAUGAGGUCAUUCAUAAAGAUUGAGGAGGAUACAUGGCAGAAAUACUACCUGGAAGGAGUUGCAAAUGAAAUGUAUACAGAAUAUCUGUCUAGUGCCUUUGUGGGUUUGUCCUUCCCUGCAGUGUGUGAACUGGUGUUUGCGAAACUAAAGCUUUUAAUGAUAGCCAUAGAAUACAAGUCGGAAAAACGAGAAAGCAGAAGCCGAAAGCGUAUAUUAAUCAAUCCUGGAAACCAUGUCAAGAUUCAAGAAGGUACUUUAGGAUUCUUCAUUGCAAGUGAUGCCAAAGAAGUAAAAAGGGCAUUUUUUUAUUGCAAGGCCUGUCAUGAUGACAUCACAGAUCCCAAAAGGAUAAAAAAAUGUGGCUGCAAACGGCUGAUCUAUUCCAAGAUGUCCAUCUACAAGAGAAUGAAACUGGCAUGUUGUUUUGAUUGCGGACGCUCUGAGCGUGACUGCUCUUGCAUGUCAGGCAGUGUACAUAGUAACAUGGACACCCUUGAGAGAGCCUUCCCACUUUCUUCUGUCUCUGUUAAUGAUUGCUCCACCAGUUUACGUGCCUUUGAAGAUGAGCAGCCGUCAACACUAUCACCCAAAAAAAAGCAGCGAAAUGGAGGCAUGCGAAAUUCACCCAACUCCUCACCCAAACUGAUGAGGCAUGACCCCUUGUUAAUUCCUGGCAACGAGCAGAUUGACAACAUGGAUGCCAAUGUGAAAAAAUAUGACUCUACAGGGAUGUUUCAUUGGUGUCCAGCCAAGGACAUUGAAAAGGUCAUUUUGACUCGAAGCGAAGCAGCGAUGACAGUUUUAAGUGGGCAUGUAGUUGUUUGCAUAUUUGGAGAUGUUAAAUCUGCUUUGAUUGGAUUAAGAAAUUUAGUGAUGCCAUUACGAGCCAGCAACUUUCAUUACCAUGAACUCAAGCACAUUGUGUUUGUGGGUUCACUUGAAUACCUGAGAAGGGAAUGGGAGACACUGCAUAACUUCCCCAAGGUUUCAAUCUUGCCUGGUACGCCAUUAAGUCGGGCUGAUUUAAGGGCUGUCAACAUCAACCUCUGCGACAUGUGCGUUAUCCUGUCAGCCAAUCAGAAUAAUAUUGAUGAUGCUUCGCUGCAGGACAAGGAAUGCAUCUUGGCGUCACUCAACAUCAAAUCUAUGCAGUUUGAUGACAGCAUUGGGGUCUUGCAGGCUAAUUCCCAAGGCUUUACACCCCCUGGGAUGGAUAGAUCAUCUCCAGACAACAGUCCAGUCCAUGGCCUGUUACGUCAACCCUCCAUUACAACCGGAGCCAACAUCCCUAUUAUAACAGAGCUAGCUAAGCCUGGCAAACUUCUGCCUUUGGUUUCAAUCAGUCAGGAAAAAAACAGUGGAACCCACAUUCUAAUGAUAACUGAACUGGUAAAUGAUUCAAAUGUUCAGUUCUUGGACCAAGAUGAUGAUGAUGAUCCAGACACGGAACUGUAUCUCACGCAGCCCUUUGCAUGUGGAACCGCAUUUGCUGUCAGUGUGCUGGACUCUCUCAUGAGCGCAACAUACUUCAAUGACAAUAUCCUCACACUGAUACGGACAUUGGUAACAGGAGGAGCCACACCAGAGCUGGAAGCACUGAUUGCUGAGGAAAAUGCAUUGAGAGGAGGCUACAGCACGCCCCAGACACUUGCAAACAGGGACAGGUGUCGAGUUGCUCAAUUGGCUUUGUAUGAUGGGCCGUUUGCAGACCUAGGGGAUGGAGGAUGUUAUGGAGAUCUAUUUUGUAAAGCAUUAAAAACAUACAAUAUGCUUUGCUUUGGAAUUUAUCGAUUAAGGGAUGCACAUCUAAGUACUCCCAGCCAAUGCACUAAACGUUACGUUAUCACAAACCCACCGUAUGAAUUUGAGCUUGUGCCGACAGACUUGAUCUUCUGUUUGAUGCAAUUUGACCACAACGCUGGCCAGUCUCGGGCCAGUCUUUCUCAUUCCUCCCAUUCCUCCUAUUCUUCCAGCAAGAAGAGCUCGUCAGUUCACUCCAUCCCAUCAACAGCAAACCGACCGAAUCGCACCAAGACUAGGGAUUCACGGGAAAAACAGAAUGCAACAAGGAUGAAUAGAAUGGGCCAAGCAGAAAAGAAAUGGUUUACAGAUGAGCCGGAUAAUGCCUAUCCCAGAAACAUUCAAAUCAAGCCCAUGAGCACUCACAUGGCCAAUCAGAUCAAUCAAUAUAAAUCGACAAGCAGCUUGAUACCACCAAUCAGAGAAGUUGAAGAUGAAUGUUGACUCCUUCGAGGCCAGAACUAUAUUUUUAAAGCCUGACAAACUUCAUGAAUGGUGAUGUGACAUUUAUUCCUCUUAUAUGCUGAACAACUGAUGGAGAAGUUAAGAAGGGCAAGCCUAAUGGGAAAAUAAAAAGUAGACAGAUGAUUGUUUGUCUGCCUUUAAUAUUGCUUCCACAUAUUUUGGAAACUAUUUCAUUUAUAAAUGAACAUAAUCAAAACUAGUCGUGUAUAGCCUCUAGCAUUUUAAAUUAUUUUUAUUUAUUAGAAAAAAAUAUAUUUUUCUUUUUUUUUCAUCGUCAAGUAUAUUCCCUUAUAAAAACCUGCAUAUGUGGCCAGACUCCUAAGAAUUUUAAAAAAACAAACUUCAGUCUUUGGCUUAAAGGAGAAUGAUGGUCACAGUUAUGAGGACAUGUAAUUAAGGGAGACAAAUGAUAUAUUUACAAGAAGAAAAAAAAAGGUCCAACCUGUAUUUUAGUAAAUCAAAAAAAAAAAAAAAAAAAAGGAAAAAAAACCAGUUCACCUUCUUUACUGGAGGAUGUGUAUUUUGUUCAGCAUUGACACCAGCUCUUAAUAAACUGAACUUAUUUAUUUUCAAACUUGAAAGUCAUAUUUUUGUACAUGUAACAUUCUGAAAUAUUCUUCGUUUUAUUACCAUAUACAGCUCAUCUUAAUUGCCAGUUAUGUUAAGGUCCAAUAACCCCCCACAGACACACUGCACCCCGCUCCCAUGCUACGUGCCCACAUACACAGACAGAAGCCCAGCAUCCUCAAUAACCUCCUGCGACACUAGCUUAGUGAACAUCACUACUCUAAACUGAGUACCAUGUAGAUCAUGUGUUCCUGGGCAGCACUUUCUAUAAAUGGCAAAUCUGUCAAUUCCACUCCACUUCCCAUUAGCCAUCAGCAGUCGCUAAUUUCCAGAAGUCAGGCUUGGCAAUUCCUCUUCUUUUGCCAUGUAUUACAGUGCUUUAAACCAGAGUGCAUAAAUAGUGCAUGAAAUCAUAAGUUAUAAACCUUCACAUCUACUAUAUUUUGUUGCUUCCUUACUUCAGAAGUGCUGACAGCCUUGCAUCAAUCUUGUUUAUUUAUUUGGUUCAAAUUCUUCCUGAUAUGUAUAAAGGUUUAGCUCCAGAUCUUUGCACUUUGGUGAUAGCUCAUACCUUGGUAAAAGGCACACGGAAUCUCCUUUUGGUGAGUUCAGCUGAGGAUUAAAAAUUGGCUUAGCCUCAGCUCUGUAAUCUCACAACAUGCUGUUCUCAGUUAAUUCCUGAACCAAGUAACAUCUUAUUUUAGAAGUUGGGUUUUUUUUGGGGGGGUUUUUUGGGGUUUUGUUUUGUUUUGGGUGGGGGGGUGUGUUUGGUUUUUGGGGGCAGGUUGUUUGGGUUUUUUUGUUAUUUUUUAAUUCAAUUUUUCCUUUGUUGGGACACCACACAUAAAAUACAGUAAUAACCAAAUCAAAAUAAAGGUAAUGAAUGUAUUUAUUACAAUAAUCUACAAAAGGCCUUUGAUGGGUGCCUUUUGUAUCAGCAGUUUCACAAAGUUGCCGACAAGCUUCAUAGCCAUCAGACAAAAAUAUGAUGUUUCAUAUCUGUGCUGCAGUAUCUAUCCACCCAAGUAUUUGCUGUUUUAAAUGAUUUAGUAACUCUCUCUGUCUCAAAUUAGCAACAAUCUAACACAAUUGUGUGACCAAAAAAAAAAAAACCACCACCAAAAAAAAAAAAAACCCCAAAAAAAACCAAACCAGAAAAGGCUGUGCUAAUAAGGAUUAAACAAAAACCACAGUCAUCAGGAAAGACAGAUUUUCAUUGUGCAAGUUAACUUUAGGCUUUGUAAUUUUGCAGAAUUGUUAAACACCACAAUAAAACAUACUAUCAUUAAAGAAAUAUCAGUGAAUCAAACAAAUACAAAGCAGAUGAUUAAUUUGUUGUGAAAACAAUGAUGUCCACUAUAUAAUCCAACAUUUAGGCUAAACUAUCUCAGCUUUAAUGUUUGUCCACUGGCUGCAGUACAAAUAUAACCAUAGUAACACCUAAUAGAGUUUAUUCUGGAGUGACUUCUUGGACUGUGACUACUUUGUUGUUACAUUUUGUAGAAUAGCUAUUUAAAGACAAUACAAGAAUUGUUAAUACAGUAGCUGUAAAAUUGGAUUGUUUAAAAUAUUUCACUCUCCUACAAAGUAACAAAAUAAUUUAAGCAGGUUUUCAUUAUUAUUUAGACCAUGUUUAACCCAUUUCACUGUCCUCAAACAGAAGAUUAUUCUGGUCAGUUCUUCUGAUCUAUGCUGCUUCAGCUAGUGAUACAUUAUAAUUUAUAUCCAGCUUCUGUGUUGGGUCAUGUUAAGCCUUUAUUUUGAAGUCAGUGCUCCUUUUUCAUUUAUGAACUGCAUUCGUAUUAUAACCAGAGUGAAAAAAGCUGGUCCUGAGUACAGGAGAAUGUUUGAACUUUGUGUUCAACUUCACCAAGUACAUGUGAAUUUUUUAUUUUUUUUUUUUCUUAGAAGACCAGUCUUUUACUGUAGGGACAUCAUAAAACAUUACAUCUAUCUUAUACUUUAUCAUAUACAGUGCCAUUUCUGAGUGUCCUUCCUUCAGAAGUGAGCAUUCACUGGAUAAAACAUACUAAUGAAGCAAAUACAACACCCCUACUUAGCUAAGGUUUGUGUGUGUCUCUGUCCAGUUUAACUGUCCCACUCAAAUAUAUCAUGCUGUCAUUGUACUUAAAUAAAGGACAAGAUCUGCAUACACUCAUGCUCUCUCCCAGCACAGAUGGCUCCGUAUGUAAUGAUAGAAAGACAGAACACCACCUGUAGAAAGCAUGCCAGGCAGAGAGGUAUAGUUUGCAUUUCCCAUUUCUAGAAAAGCUAAGAGCAAUUAAUCUUUUCUUACUCCUCUUUUUGAUGAUCAAAGACAGAGGAUCGACUUCUGGCAAUUAGAUGGAGGAUCAUGGAGAAAACCUGUUGGAGAUCUUUGAAGUUUAGCCAUUAAAGACUAAAAUAAGGCCAGCACCAGUAUUUGGAUUUUGGAUAUAUGAAGUUACACCAGGGCAAGUAGCUGGGAAAGUGGCAUAAGCAGCAGCUGGCAGACCAUGUGACAACUGAUGUAGAAUAAGUUUUUGAUAUUUAUUGAUAAUUCUUAUUCCUUUCUCAAAAAACAAGGUGGGGGGUAGAUUUCAGCUUUUUCAUUAAUUGUAUACACAAUUAUUACAGGCUAAGCAAUUAUUUUUUAUUGGCAACUCAUGCAUUGGAUAAAAUGUGUGUCUGUAUUUGCAUAUAUGCAUGUCUACACAUACACACAUAUACAUAUGUGUGGAUAUAAACAUGCUUAUAUAUGGGGGGGGUAUGUAUUUGAUACAGAGUCAUCACAAGAAGGUGGUCAUUAUUUUUUUCGGGGUGGGCGAUGGGUGAAGAAAGACACAAAGAAAAAGAAAAUGUGUGACUGACUUACUUACAGGCUACCACAGGGAGGAAUUGUACCUACUGUUUCCUUCUGGUUUGACCAAAAAGCAGCCAUUCUUGUUAGUUACAUUAGUGGUGCACUGAGAGUAUACUACAGAACCCUCUCUCACUGCUGAAGCAGGUGUGUGCUCCUGGCCCCCUCCUCACACCCAUGAACAUGCAUGCUCCCACAUUGCCAGAAAGCCUGCUGUCUCUCUGUCUCGUGGCUAUUAUUUUAAUUUGUUUCCUGAAGCCCAUGAGCAUUAAGAUGAAAGGACAAAACUGUCCUCCAAUGGGACAUUGUUUGCUUUGCAAGUGCCCAACACAGCAAAAGCUAAGGUGUAAAGAAAAGAAGAUAUUCAGAAUCUAAAUGCAAUUUUUGAGGCCUCAAUGUGACUGUCUUACUGCAGCUUCUAAGAUGAUACAUAUAUAAUGCAUUUAUAAUAGGGAAAAAAAAAGAGAUGCAAAGCUUUCCUUGUGCUUUGCAAACACUUCCUAAACCUGUCACCUGUAUUUUAACAGCUCCUCUUCUUUUAAAUCAGCAGGACGCACGUGGUGGGAAGUACAAAUACCUUGAUCUAGUGCACAAUGAAUUAUACAGUGUUAUAGGUUCAUGGACAACAUUGUUAUUCUACCUGUAACUCAAACGAACCUUCUAAGCCUUACUUGCCCAAAAGCCAGGAACAUAGGGAUAGAGAAAGCAGGGGGGUGAGAGCAAUGCAACACAGCCAGGUCCUCAAGCAAAUGUAAGCACGUAGCUAUUUCCAGUUCAUCUUUGGUGGGAAACCCAGUGCUGCUUAUAAAGGGUGAAGGCCAUGAGUUUCAAGAUAAUGAGGAGCCCAGGUAGCCUUAUUAAGCUGCACAGGUGUCUUGAAAGAGCUGAUGAGUCUUCAGCAUCUUACAGGCUGUACAAGCAGCCAGGUUUAGCCAUACUAAAGAUAUUUUGUUCUCCUACUUUUGAAUUCUAUAGAAAAAGGCCACUCAAUGGCUCAGGCAGCAUGGGUUUGAAAAGACUUAAUUGGACUCAGCCAAACGUGGAAAGAGGGAAAAAUAGUUUGCAUACAAUGUCCAAGAGACACUACAAAAGUAUUGUCUAUAGCCUUUUAUUAUAGGUUGUUGGGUGGUGGUGGUCAAAGUUGUUGUUUUUGUUGGAGGUUUUGGCCCAUGUAAGGAAGAUUUGAAUUUCUUGACCUCUAGAGUAGAAGGAGAAAGUAUAGUAGUGUGUUCUCAUUCACAGAGGACAUGUUUUGUUGGGGUUUCUGUGUGUGUAAACUACAUCUAACACCUACUGCAAUAACUGGAUGCAUAAACUAAUGCAUGACAAUAAAAGCAAUAAUUUACAAAUGGGUAAUUAUGCAUCUUUUCACUUCUUGGUCACUCACCAGUGAAUCCAUAAACGUUAGCAACUGCCCUGUUCUAGAUUCACAUGGACUCAAGUUAAACACAGAGUAGGAGCUUAAAUGGUUUUAUCAAGAAGCAGGUUUGUAAAGACUUCUAGAUCACAGUGCAUUUGAAAUGAACACAUAUUGAGGUCAGGGUGUGUGUGAUAUUUUGGUAUUUUGUUUGUGAAUUUCUUUAGCAUCAAAAGAAGUGUGUGUCUCACCUUUCAUUUCUAGUUUUAAAUGUGCUUAAACAAAAUACCCAAGUGUGUGAAAGGCAAUAACAGGACAAAGUAAAAACAGAAAUCCUUUGUCUGUGUUACAGCGGAUUGGCCUGGGAAUACCUAUCAAAGUCAAUGGCAGAUGCAUAGAAAAAUUCAGGGGAAAGGAAAGUUCUUUGUAUUCCUUCUUUUGUUUUCCUCUCCCUGCCAUGUGAACCACCAAUAUCCCCAACAUAUGAAGAAGCACUUUCUAAACUUUAUUUUUUUAAUUCUAAGGAUGUUUGAAAAAUCCUAGUCUUAGGGGAUAUAGUUUUUGUGGUUUGCUUUGGUUUGGGGUUUUUUUGAUGUUUGUUUUUUUUUAAUUUGUUAUAUAUACAUAGCAGGUUUCCUAAUAUUCAGCUUAGCAAGCAUAAUGUUCAUAGUACUUUUGUAUUAAGCAAAACUAGUAGGUGUGGGUACAGCCCCCUUCUGAAAUAAUAAUUGAAAGAAUAGAGUAGCUGUUCAGCUGUGGCCACUACCGAGGAUGGUACGCAGGCUUAUAGUACUGACAAUUCUGCCCCAGCAUUUAUCAAAACUAUAUUUAUAUAAGUAAUAUAUCUAUUCAGCACAGAUAUUCUCUGAUAUAGAACAUGCAGUCACUUUGAAACUGUAUAGUCUAUAAUGUGCAGUAGUCUCUAUAACCAAGUAAAUUCCACUGAAGUUAAUAGAUAGGACCGCUGGUCUAAUGUAUCUGUUUUAUAUAAUGGUGUACUACUGUUAACUGUCAAAAUGAGAAGGGGUAGGGGGAAAGAAGAAAAUAUAAAAUACAUUUUUAUCACUUUGAGUCUAAUUUAGAAUGAUAUCUGGCUUAAGAUGCUAAACAUGGUAACGCUGCAUCUAAUUAGAACCUGAGUGAGGUUGAGAGAAAGCUUUUUACUGCUUCAGUCAAUACGCUUUAGAGGCGAUCUUUGUAACUUUAAAAAAAAUGUUAAACACAACACGACAUGUAGGUAUUUUAAUACACGUAAUAGAAAACAGGUAUUUCAGAAACCAAAAAUCUGACAUAUGGGCACUUUUUUGACUGGACAAUAGCUAACGGGAACCACAUGAAAAUGUCAGCAGAAGUUAUCUCAAAUUUUCCUUAAGUAGCAGUUAAAAAAUGCUGCUUCUGCCAUGGUAUAGCUUGGGACACACACGCUUAGCCAAUGCAAAUAAUCUAACCCCUGUUCAAAAAAAGAAAGUUUAUAUAACUUUAACUUUUGCAUUUCUGUAGAGUUCAAGCCUGAUAGGUUUGGGGUUUUUUUUUUGUUCCUUCAGGGAAAAAAACCACACACAUGCAAACAUGUAUAUACAAUAUAUUUUGACGGCUACACGUGUCUAUUUAGUUAUAAUUUGGGAGUGGUAAUGGGGCGGGUACACUGAGAACCAGCUAUCCAUCUUAACUUAGAAGUUCAUCAAGAAAAAGGAGUAUGACUUCAUCAUUUUACUUUUACUAUUAUGGGUUGGUGAGAGAGAACAAAUGCUGGUGCUCAGAAAUGAUCUACCUGACUUUGUCAUAUGUAAUAUCCAGUGAUAAAUCUAUU